UCGUGGCGACUUGUUUUGAAGUUGACAUUUAUCAUCUGUCUCGUUUUAUCUCAAACAUAUUUUCCUUAACGAACGCGAACUAAACAAUAAUUGGUCACGAACAUGGUUUUCCUCAUUACUCAUUUGUAUUUUAUUUAUGGUUUCGCUCGCAUACCUAAUGUUUUAGGUUAAAAUAAUAGAAAAGUAUCAUUCGGGGCAUCGAUUAGUGGGAAUCAUUACAGUGUUAUAAUAUUUAAUGAAAUGUCGGGAAUCAGAAUGUGAAGGUUAUAAUGGAAGUUCUCAGGAGUCGUUCGUUGGUGUCAGUGUUAGUGUCAGUGUUAGUGUUUGUUUCGGCGGAGACUCCACGUUGUCCGCCAACUGCGAAAUCUGACCUAUGUGUCGACAAGGGAUCAGCUCUUGAUGAAUACUUCUUCGUCAUUAAAGGAAAAGCCUGGACUAUUAAAUAUGACCUCAAGGAACUCAGCUUCACCUGUCGAAAAGAUCUACAGCUGGAUAGUGAAGAGCUGCCUCGGUUCACGACCCUGACGAUAAUCCCUGUUGUUUCUCUGACGGCAUGUGCACCACCGUCUAUUGGAUUCGCAGCCGCGCUAAAAACGCUCAAUGUCACUGUACGCGGGGGACUUGUGCUGGAAGAUAUGCCGGCGACACCUACCCUCAACGCCACCCAUCUACAUGGCCUCGAGCUGCGCGCCUUUGAUCUGAAUGCACCAUUUGCACCCGCCCCGUUCCUUGAACCCGAAGACAAUUUUCUUGAACCGUUAAAAGGUCUUUUAGAUCUGAGACUUGUCCGUGUAACUCUGACAUUGAAAAACACGCAAAGUUUUCCUGUCGGGCUUCGCAGACUUAUAUUACACCAUGCAAACCUAACAACACUCCCAGCGGAGGUGUUCGCUCGUCUUCCUGACUUAGUUGAUCUCUUUGUUGUUGACGAAACGCUUCAGGAGCUGGACGUUAGCACGGCUUUGGCGCUUCGGGCUGUAGUUGUAGCGGCUCCUCUGAAUGGAAUCACUCUUGGCUCACGCGUGGAUACGGCCACACUGAGAAAGAUACGUAGUGCUGAAAUACGUGGUAACUGUUCGGGGCUUCGUAGCUUAAGCAUUGAGGAAUUAAACGUCCCACCACCGAACGCAUGGCUAGCGCGAUGUGGCGUACGUGAACUACGUCUAAGAUAUUUAUCUCCUGGUGUACUGGGUGCUGGUGAGCUGAGAGGUACUCGUGACCUUCUACGACUAGAAAUACAUGGAUGUGGACUACGAAUAUUACCACCAGAUUGGCUAGCUGACUCGAGUCGCCUGAAAAUCCUCGAUCUCUCCGAAAACGAACUUGAAACAAUUCCAAGUGCAAUUAUUUCCGCAUGUCCCCGGUUGUCGGAGGUGAUACUUCCCAACAAUCUCCUCAACUCAAGCGUGGUUAAAGCACUAGUAGCAGCACCACUAACAAAAUUAGUUCUAGAUGGCAACCCACUUGGCGAUUUAUGUCGAACCGGUUCAGGACUCAUAGCAGACGCUAUGUCGACCUUAUGGAAUAGACGGGAGCUCAUAUACUUAUCUCUGCGAAGCACAGGGGUUACUCGUAUAUGUCACGACUGGUGCCGUCUGCCGAAACUUACACAAAUUAAUUUACGCAAUAACAGCAUAUCAAAACUGGAGUUCGAGGAUCUGCAAUGGUCAAGCGCCGUGGUGGUGGAUUUGCGUGGUAACCCAGUGAAGGAUGUGUCAUACUCGCAAGAACAGUAUGAGAAAGUUCUGUUGGCUCCCGUUACCCGUGACAGUAUUUCCGCUAUGAUAAGACUGGAUAGUCACUUACGUUGCGACUGUAAUGAGUACUGGUUUUCCCUGGCACUACGCGCACGACCGCAGCACGGACAGGCCUCGGUUCACGCCAUCUGUGAGAACGAGAAAACAUUCACUUCUGUGCCUCCAACAGAUCUGCUAUGCGAAGUGCCAGAGCUGUGCCCAGAAGGGUGUAAGUGUAAAGUCGACGGUGAACGAUCGCAUAUAUCGUGUCCGAAUGCUGGAUUGAUAGCUUUGCCGACAAUCCCUCCUCUCCCACCUCUCGCCUCACUGUCAUUACCAGGAAAUGACAUUACAAUAUUGGAUUUCACUAACAUUUCGACCAGCUUCAAAUUACUGGACUUGACUAAUAACCAGAUUAAGCAUAUCGACGCUGCGACGGUGGCCACUCUAUUUGCUGAUAACAGGAGGGUGCUACUAGACGGUAAUCCUUUGUCUUGCGAAUGUCGCGACGUGGCACUACAACGUGAACUUGCAAAUCGUGCGGAGGCUGGCGAAAUUGGUGAUGCUCGGCGACAGUGCAGGGACGUUGCUGAGGCUGCUUGCGCGAUGGCGCUGUGGGCACUGCCGGUGGCAAUACUAGUGCUCUCGGCGGCAGUACUUGCUACUUGCCUCGUGCGGCCGGCUGCACGCCGCCGUCUAAAGUUGUUCCUAUUUGAGCGUGGGAUGUGUGUGCGUUGGGUGCUAGGCGCAGCACCAGAUGCUGUAGCUGAAGCUGCGCGUGAAUAUGAUGCCUUCGUGUCGUUUUCACAUCACGAUAGCGAGUACGCAGCGGCAAUAGCGGCGCGGCUGGAACGUGGACCACGCGCACGUCGCUUGUGUCUUCAUGAACGCGACUGGACUCCGGGAGAAUGGAUUCCAGAACAAAUAGCAACAUCUGUGCGGCGCAGCCGCCGUACAGUAGCGCUGGUGUCAGAGAGCUUCCUCGUAAGCCAAUGGGCCCGCGCAGAAUUAAGGGAGGCAUACACCGCUGCAUUACGCGAGGGUCGCGCCCGUUUGCUAGCUGUGUUAUUGCCAGGGAUGGAACCUCCACGUGCAGCAACUGCACCAGAAUUGCGAGCCUACCUUGCUGCCGUUACAUACCUGCGCUGGGAUGAUCCACAUUUCUGGGACAAACUUCUCCUAGCUGUGCCACCCCCACCAAAUCCUUCAACUGCGGCACCCUCUCCGCCCACUCUUUGCUCUCCACCACCUCCGCCUUGAAGUGACAAAUAUGACGAUUAUCCGAAAAAAAAUUUUUGACGUGACUCCUGCCGCCACCUAUCAAAAAAAACUCAAAGAAGGGUAGAAGUUACUUUGUAAAGUUUUACGUAUUUGGAUGCAAAAGGGGUUUAUAUCAUGACAAUGACAUGAAAAUGCAAAAAGAUUUACAUGAAUACAUAUUUAUAAGGCAACAAUAAAUGUACCGUAUUGUUAAUAAUCGAGAUUCUUAUGUAAAAUAAUCAAUAUAUCGGUUACAAUUAUUAAAUCAUUCACCAGUCAUUCUGUAAUCUCUUGUAAGACUCUUCACAUCAUGGUGAACGAAUAAGGUCUACAUAUAAAAUUGAUAAAAAUAGGAGUAAUGUAACCAGUAGCAAACUUAAAGAUAAAUUAUUUUAUACAAGUGACAAUGAUUUAUACAAUACUUAUAGUGACGUUUGUUUGACAGCCUGAAACUAAAACUUGUACUUGUACACAACAUGUAACAUACAGAACCCCUAGUUUUAAACAUUGUCUGCUUUAUAUUUAUUACAAAAUCAUAGAACAAAAAUCCUUACCUUUUUUCCUUCAUGUAGACAAGACUGCUAACAGAUUCGACACACAAUUAUCGUCCUGAUGUCAUUGCAGAGUGACAGGACAUAGGACAUGAAAUAAGUCUUUUAUUUCUACUUUAGCACAUUGAAUAUACAAUGAUUGGGAUAACUUAAGAAGGAGAAUCGAUUAUUAACAAAGAGUUUCCCUCUCAUUCCACUGUAGGACUGUAGAAGUAGGUUACAUUUACUAGUCAGUAUUAAGCAGGUCAGUCGUAGAUGUUGUUAAGUGUUAAUGAGCUGCACGUGUACUUGUAUAUAUCAGUAAAAUAAUGAUUUCAUAGAAUUAUCACGAAUACAAUUUAGUUUUGUCUAUGAAUGAAAUGUAAUGAGUUAUUUCAACGCUGUAUAAUUAUAUUUUACCCAAAUUACACUUA